UACUGGAAGGAGUCCCACCAGCACUACUUGGAACGAAAUCAGCGUUCAACUUCGACAUCGAGGAAAACAUCAAAACGCUCGGCAUUCGAUGGGAUCCAGAAGCCGAUGUAUUCCGUCUGGAUGUUUCGAUCGUCAUCAAACCAUCGCCACACUCCAAACGCAGCAUACUCUCUUCAAUCGCGCAGUUGUACGACCCACUCGGUUUAAUUUCACCGGUCAUCGUGCAAGCGAAAUUGAUCAUGCAGUUGCUUUGGCUAUUGGGACUGCAUUGGGACGACAAGGUACCGGACGACCUACAACGAAAAUGGGACAUCUUCUGCGAGCAACUUGCCAAACUUCAGAACUUCACCAUCACGAGGUUCGCAUUCAUAGCCGGUUAUCACCAAGCAGAGCUUCAUUGUUUCACCGAUGCGUCGGAAGCAGCUUACGGAGCUUGUAUCUACAUCCGGUCGGAAACGUCUGACGGAUCAGUGCAAGUGAGCUUGCUGACAUCGAAAUCCAAAGUUGCUCCGCUGAAACCCGUCACCAUCCCUCGGCUAGAACUUUGUGCAGCACUGCUAGGAGCGAGACUCUACACCAAAGUGAAGGAUGCACUGGACAUGCAGUUUUCAGCGCGUCACUUCUGGUCGGAUUCAACCGUCGUUCUCCAAUGGCUACAGGCUCCCGCACGUACAUGGAAAACGUACGUGGCAAAUCGUGUCGCAAAGAUACAGGACGCCACCCAAGGUUCACGCUGGCGACAUGUCUCCGGAAGCGACAACCCGGCGGACAUUGUAUCACGCGGCUGUUCAGUGGACGAACUGAUUAGCGAUCAACGAUGGCAAAACGGUCCAGCUUGGCUACGAGCGCCAAAAUCUACAUGGCCAUCGGAAAUCAUCUGCACAAACAAAAUCGCCGAAGAAGAGCUACGGAAGGACGUCAUAACUCUGCCAGUCCAGGUGGUGAAACCAAAUGAAAUCUUCGAGAGAUUUUCUUCAUACUUAAUGCUUCUGCGAGCCGUCGGCUACUGUCUCCGGUUCUGCAACAACACCCGGAACAAAACUCGACGCAUAACCAGCAGAACUCUUCUCGUCAGUGAGCUGACGAAAGCAACUACCUGUCUUGUAAAAAUCGUCCAGACAGAAGCAUUUCCUGAUGAAAUUCAACGCUUCAAAAGGCAUCAACCCGUAUCUACACGGUCAUCUCUUCGACUACUGAAUCCGUUCGUUGACGGUGACGGAGUGAUCCGCGUUGGUGGCCGGCUACAGCAAUCGGAUGCAGCAUACGAGGUACGUCAUCCAAUUGUCAUCCCUGGGUUUCAUCCGUUUACGCAGAUGCUUCUGGUACACCAACACAGUAAACUACUACACGGCGGCAUCUCGCAUACACUGUCUGCAGUGCGCGAUGGAUUCUGGCCAUUGAAUGGACGCAAGGCAGUCAGAAGCGCCAUACGAAAAUGUCACGAGUGUUGCAGAGCCAAUCCUCAUCCAAUAGAACAACCAGAGGGUCAACUACCGGUCGACAGAGUGACAGCAAACGACGCGUUCAUCUGUACCGGAAUCGAUUAUUGUGGGCCUAUCUACCUGAAGCCGAUUCAUCGGAAAGCCGCGGCUCGUAAGGCUUACAUCUGCAUUUUUGUUUGCCUCAGCACCAAGGCUGUCCAUUUGGAGCUGGUCAGCGAUCUCAGCACGGCAGCAUUCCUGAUGGCUCUUGACCGGUUUGUGUACAGGAAAGGCAGGCCGACCCAUAUCUACUCGGACAAUGGUACCAAUUUCAUUGGUGCUAAAAACGCCCUUCACGCCAUCUACGCCAUGCUGAAUCACACGAAGAGCAAGGAGCAGAUCGACAAACAUUUGGCAGACGACGCGAUUCAAUGGCACCUCAUCCCUCCACGAGCACCCAACUUCGGCGGUCUAUGGGAGGCCGCGGUCAAGGUGGCCAAAACUCACUUGGUUCGUCAACUCGGCGCAGCAUCACUCUCCGAAGAGGAAAUGGCGACCGUGCUGGCUAAAAUCGAAGGAUGCAUGAACUCCCGUCCUUUGACACCACUCUCCAGUGACCCGAACGAUUUGGAAGCACUGACCCCGGCCCACUUCCUCAUCAAGCGCCCGCUGCAGCCACUGCCGGAAUUCAACGCCAGCUGUGCUUCCCAGAACCAGCUGGCCAAGUAUCAACGUCUGCAAAGGUUCACACAAAGCUUUUGGGAUCGUUGGUGCAACGAAUACCGCAAGGAGCUUAACAUUGCCCACCGACGACAACGCAAAGGAUACCAGCUUGCUGAAGGGGACCUGAUCAUCCUGAAGGACGACCAACUACCGCCAACCCGAUGGCCUUUAGCUCGAGUUCUUGAACUACAUUCAGGACCUGACGGCAUUUCCAGAGUGGCGACGGACGAUCGUAUUGCGGCCGGCGAGUCAUCGAAGGGUACCAGCGGUUCCUUUACUACGCGAACCAGGCGCUCCCAACAACCGCCGAAGUGGGGUGCAGUUGAUGAGUUGAAGGUCCACCUUCCCGCGCUGCUACAUGAAACGUGA